AUGGCCGACAUUGAUGGCUCGUUUGUUUCGGUUAAAUUGUGGUCGAGGUAAGUGAUUGUUUGUUAUAUUUUUGUGUUUUUAGGUUACAGACAAUUGAUAUUGUUGUAUGUUUAGGAGGGAAUCAAGACUAUGGACGAUAAACUUUUUUAUGGGGACAUGUGCAUUAUAUGCGAGUCGAGUGGCGUUACCUAUUUGUGCCUCUGUGAUGGCACAAGAAUACGGAUGGAACAAAACAGACUCGGUAGGUCUUAUGAUAAUAUAUGUUAAUUAUGCAUUUAUGUGUUUUAAAUGAGGUCUUUGAUUUAACGAAUUGAUUAACGAUAACUAACAUCUAGCAUAGAUAUAGCAUAGAUAACAACUUAUACACUUACAAAGAAAAUUCAAAUAUGUGGUUGAUUGGGUACAUAAUAUUGCUGAGUAUAAAAAGGAUAAAUUUUAGGGUACAAUAAUGUCGUGUUUCUUCUGGGGUUACACGAUAACACAGAUCAUAGCCGGUAAUAUUGCUGAUAAAUAUGGUGGAGAGAGGAUUCUAAGUCCAACUACAUUAUCAUGGGCUUUGUUGACAUUGCUAACACCUCAGCUGUUCGAUUUUGCAUAUUGGACUAAUUCACCUUUAUUCUUUUUGUUGGCAGUCAGAGUGGCUACAGGAAUAGGUCAAGGCUUUCAUCUACCAAGUAUGGCUAGCAUCGUAUCUCGGCAUCUGACAGCGGCAGACAAGGGACGGGUGUUUGGCAUUUGCCUGGCUGGAUCCCAUUUUGGGUAAGUUUUUUUAUCUAUUAGGAUGUUAUAAGUAAUUUUGUUAUCUAUGCGUUGUUUAAAAGGAUGAUUUAUUUAAUGACUGUUGAUAUUGUUUAGGUCAGUAGUCGCUGGCGGAUUUGGGUCGAUUUUACUGGACUGGUUUGGAUGGAGAAGUCUUUUUCAGUUUGUCGGUAAGGUAUUUGUGGUGUUUUUGACAGGGUUUUUAUUACAUAUUUAAAAAAAUAUUAUUGUUGAUUAAAAUAAAAUGUUUCAGGCAUAUUGAGCAUAGUAUGGUGGGCUUUCUUCAAAUGGUUGAGUGACAAGUCAGUGCGUGGACUAGAGAAGAGAAGCAUGAAAUCGAAGAAUUCAGAAGAGUCUUUGCUGCCUUUGGACAGUUUGAAGAAGAAGGCAGAUCAAGGUGUGCCUUGGAAGACAUUGUUCUCUCAUCCAUCGUUCUGGUGAGUCAAUUAAUAACAAUGCCUAUCUUUGUUUACUUACAGUAACUUUAUGUUUCAUUUUCACAGCUAUUUUUAGUUGUUUUCAAACAUGGAUUCACAUUUCUGCUCUAAUUGUUGUUAUUAUUGUAUUUGACGAUGUUUUGUUAUAUUAUAGUAUUUUUGAGAUGAUUUUGCCGUUUGUUUUAUUUGCUGUUAUAAUUUUAUUGUUUUUUAGGGCCGCAUCAGUUGCUCAGUACUGUGGAGCUAAUGCUUACUUUACAAUGUUUAGUUGGUUACCAUCGUAUUUUAGCGAUAACUUCCCUACGGCUAAAGUAAGUCUUUUUGACUCUAUAUAUGUAUUUUUGUUGUGGUAUUGAGUUUUUUCUUUGUUAACACGAUAUUAUUCUUUUUUAGGGUAUUAUCUACAAUGUGGUACCUUAUCUAGCAAUAGUAUUUACCUCGUUGGCCGCUCCUUUCAUUGCGAGCCGGUUGUUGAGUAGUGGGAAGAGUAUAACGUUCACGAGAAGAUUUAUGGAGGGUUGUUCACUAUCACUAACAGCUCUAUGUCUACUGACAGUGUCCUUCUCGGGCUCUUUCUACUGGUCGUUGAUUGUAUUCACAUUGGCGAUGGCUUCUCGAGGACUACAUCACGGUGGAGUUUCUGUGAAUCCACACGACUUUGCUCCAAAUCACACGGGAGCUGUGUUCGGUGAGUUUCUAUAAUAAUAUAAUAGAUAUGUAAGCAGUUCGGUGAGUUUGAUUUAAUAUUUAUUGUUUCUAUAAUAUUUAAUGAUCGUAGUUUGAGUUACUGGAAGUUGUGGCUAGUAUAAGGAACUUACUUGGGCAUGUAUAUUAUGCAGAUUCAUAUUAUAUGAGUCAGGGAUGUUAAUAGUUAAUAUACGUAUGUAUAUCUUUGACGUUAUAUUGAAUUAGAGAUAGAUACAGUCGCUUUUUGAUGUAAUUUGACUUAUGGGAUGUUAUUUUAGUUAUAAACACUUAAAUAGGGCAGUUCUUGAUGCUAUAUUAACCUUGUUGACAUCCUCCCACAACUCAAUAGGAUAUGAACUGGCUUUCUGUCAGUUUAUGUUUUAUUUUAGUAGCUCAUAUGUUAGUUUGUUUACGAGGAUAUUGACUUACAUUUUAUAUUUACUCACUUGGCGUCAUGAUAUGAACUUAACUGUUGGCAUUUUUGAUUAAGUUUAUUGAUGCCGCCUUCAUAUUAACUCAAUAUUGGGACCUUUUGAUGUAAUACCAACUUAAAGUGGCAGUUUCUGAUAUAAUUUAUCUUGCUUUCAGGCAUCUUCAAUGCCUUCUCGGCCGUAACCGGCUUUAUCGGUGUUUACGUAGCCGGCUGGAUCCUGCAAGUGACCAGCAAUAAUUGGACCUACGUGUUUGUGAUAACAUCAGCGCAAUGCUUAUUUGGCGCAGUCGUGUUCUGUCUGCUGGGCACGGGGAAUAAGAUAAUUUGA